AAACUCUCUGGGGUCGAGAGCUCCGCCGGCGGAGCUCGACAAGAUUUCGUUGCUAUUUGGAUGAAUAACUUCGCGAGCUUUUAUCAUACGGACACAACAAAGACAUUGACAUAAACCUUAGAAUCGUGGCAUUCCAAUGUACCCAUUGACAAAAUAUAUGAAUUGUUUUAAGCUAUUUAAAAUGAGAUCAAACAGACCAUUGCCAUGUGCUAAGUCUUUCUCAUUAAUAUGUGAUGUUCGCUCGGCAGUAAGUACGCCCAGACCACAUUCACAAGAUAAUGACAUGCUAAUUGCUAUCGAUGGCAGGGGAGGGGCGAUGCGUUUGAUGUGCGAGAGCGCCUACUGUAAACAAGGAUAAAAUGUCACACAGAAGCAUAGCCCACGUCUUCUCGGGCAAUCCUUACAUUUCAUUUCGGAAAAUGGCACGAAUGACUGGACUGGAUGUUCUUCAUGCUUUGUGGGAGAGCGACCAUGAAGACGCGAACUCAUCAGGUCCGGACACUGAAGCUGACACUGAUGAAGAACGGUGUCAUUUCGAACUGCGAACUGAUCCAGCUGAGGAUCAACUUCAUGAAGAUGCUGAUCAGGUAACACAGCCUAGUUUACCACCUGCUAAGAGGCGACGCAAGAGUGGCAAGAGGACACCAGUCAACAAGCAGCAAGCAGCUCAGCCAGCUCGGUCAUGGAAAACUGAGAAAUCUGCUGAUGUGGCCCCACCGGUGAUGCGUUUCCGUCCUGCGCGGCAACCUGGAGUGCAGCUGAGCUCGACAGAAGCCCACACUCCUCUGGAUUUGUUCAAACUAUUUUUCUCUACAGAUGCUGUCAGGACACUGUGCAAGAACACUAACGAGCAUGCUGCCAGGGCAAUAGCAAAAGGGAGGAAGUAUAAAUGGACUGACAUUGGGAUAGAGGAAUUCUACAGGUACAUUGGACUGAUUUUUUACAUGGCCAUGGUAAAGCUGGACCAAAUCAGAGAUUACUGGCGGCAAAGUAGCAUUUUCUCUGUCCCAUUCCCAGCAACCGUAAUGACAAGGGACAGAUACAGAACUAUUUGCUGGAAUGUACACAUGAGUGAUGCAGACAAGGACCAAGAAAAUGACAGGAAGCGGGGCACACCGCAGCAUGACAAACUCUUCCGGGUCAGACCUCUCAUGGACACAAUUCAGCAUGCCUGCAAAGCCUUCUAUCAUCCUCGCAGGAACCUUGCAGUGGAUGAAAGAAUGGUAGCAACCAAAGCAAAGACUGGUAUGACACAGUACAUGAAAGAAAAGCCGACAAAGUGGGGUUUCAAGUUGUUUGUGCUUUGUGACUCCAGCAAUGGAUACACUGUGGAUUUUGCUGUGUACACAGGAAAGAACAGCUUUCAGACAGGACAAGGACUUUCAUAUAACUCUGUGAUGUCACUUGUGAAUCGUGCAUUCUUGGGUUCCGGAUAUUAUGUGUACAUGGACAAUUUCUAUACGAGCCCAAAGCUCUUCAGGGACUUGUAUGGACAAAACUUUGGUGCUUGUGGGACAUAUAGAGAGAACAGGAAGGAAUGUCCACGCACUGCUUGUAAUGCUCUGACUAAGAAGUCAGGAAGAGGAGCUUUACGGUGGAUAAGGGAUGGUCCUCUGGUUUUUGUGAAGUGGAUGGACACACGAGAGGUGGCUGUCUGUUCCACCAUCCAUGCAGCAUUCACUGGGGACACAAUACAGCGGAGGGUGAAGCAAGAUGGUGUCUGGAUUUCAAAGAACUUUCCAUGCCCAUCACCUAUCAUCCAGUACAAUGCACACAUGGGGGGUGUUGAUCUGUCUGACCAACUGAUACAGUAUUACACAACACAGCACAAAACAAUGAGAUGGUACCGGAAAUUGUUUUUACAUUUCUUGGACAUUGCUGCCACAAAUGCGUAUAUCCUACAUAAAGAACUGUCAUCACUGGGACAACAGGAAGCAAUGCCUCACAAGGCCUUCAUGGAGGAGCUCACUGCGCAGCUGUGUGGCGUCUCACAGAAGGCACCCAAUGUAACAAGACGGGAAUGUUAUGAUCAUGUGCCUGUGCCUACAGCCUCACAGACUCUGGAUGCCAGCAAGGUGGCUUCGAUUGGUCGCAAGACAUGUAAACUCUGCAGGAUGGACUUCGGGAAAAAACAGAACACUCCAUGGAAGUGCAAGGAAUGUGAUGUCCCCCUGUGUUUACAGCCAGACAGGAACUGUUUUGCAAAAUGGCACUUGCAACUUUGAAAGAUUAUACACAAAAUAUAUAAAAUAGUGGUGUAUAUUGUGUAGGUGCUCUUUUUACAUUAAGCACUUUUUAUAUUCAUUGGCUUUUGUGUUUGUUGUUUUGUAAGGCACUUGUGGCAACCAUUCUGGAGUCAAAUUGUGUGUGUGAAGCAGAAAUAUUGGGUUUAUAUUGUGUAAAUGCUCUUUUAUAUUAUGCACUUUGCCUAAUAAAGUUGAUUCUGAUUCUGAAAUAA